AUGAAGUUCAAUACCUUUGUGACUUCUGACCAAAGCAAGAAUCGAAAAAGGCAUUUCAAUGCGCCUUCCCACAUUCGCAGGAAAAUUAUGUCUUCUCUUUCUAAAGAGCUAAGACAGAAGUACAACGUUCGAUCCAUGCCCAUCCGAAAGGAUGAUGAAGUUCAGGUUGUACGAGGGCACUACAAAGGGCAGCAAAUUGGCAAAGUAGUCCAGGUUUACAGGAAAAAAUACGUCAUCUACAUUGAACGAGUGCAGCGGGAGAAGGCUAACGGCACAACUGUCCAUGUGGGCAUUCACCCCAGCAAGGUGGUUAUCACCAGACUAAAACUGGACAAAGACCGCAAAAAGAUCCUCGAACGUAAAGCCAAAUCUUGCCAAGUAGGAAAGGAAAAGGGCAAAUAUAAGGAAGAAACAAUUGAGAAGAUGCAAGAAUAA